AUGAAGCUCCCUCGAGCUCCAUUACGGAGCUUUGAGCAUCGUCUGCCCCUCCGAGCUCGGUCGGUGAGGAGCAUAUCAGCAAUAUCUGCUCCUACAAGAACGACAGCAUGCCGAGCUAUACCGUUAGAUAAACCGGCCAGCCACCGGGCGUAUGCCGUUGUCUCUGCCGCCGAACUCCGAUUCGGACAGCCAGUCUACGAAACACAUCCUCAUAUCCUUCAACCAAACGAAAUCACACAAGGGAUCACAGCGCAAGAAUAUGCUGAUCGCCGAGCUCUCCUCGCACAGUCGAUGACAGAGGGCAGUAUUGCCGUUCUGCAUGCUGCAUCUCUCCAGUACAAGUCUGGUGCUGUCUUUCACCAAUAUCGACAAGAGUCCAACUUUCUAUACCUUACAGGAUGGAUGGAAGAAAAUGCCAUUGCGGUGAUUGAAAAGACUGGUCCUGAGUAUGGCGACUACAUAUUCCGUAUGUUUGUCAAGCCCAAAAAUGCUCGUGAGGAGCAAUGGAAUGGUUAUCGCAAUGGUGUGGAUGCUGCGAGAGAUAUCUUCAACGCUGAUGAAGCAUAUACGAUAAACGAGGCUGAGCAAUUGCUCCCCAAGAUUCUCAAAUCUGCUAAACUCAUAUAUGCAGACUCACCACCCUCAAAGGGUAGUGUUGCUUCGACAGCUACUUGGCUUUGGGGGCUCAUCUCAGGGCGAGAAUCUCGACCCUCCCGAACACCGCUCUAUUCAGUCAUGAACAAGCUUCGGGUGAUCAAGAGUGAAGCAGAAGUCGCUAAUAUGCGUGUUGCUGGUCAAAUCUCAGGUCGUGUCAUCACAGAUGCAAUGCGCCGACCAUGGAUACGUGAGAAGGACUUGCAUUGGUUCCUCGACUACCAAUUCGCCGUCAAUGGCUGCGAAGGCCCGGCGUAUAUCCCCGUGGUAGCUGGCGGUGAGCGCGCAAACUGCAUUCACUACACGGUGAAUAACAGCACGUUCAAAGAGGACGAAUUUAUCCUCAUUGACGCAGGCGGCGAGUAUGGCACCUACAUCACCGACAUAUCCCGCACUUGGCCAGCUUCCGGCCGCUUCACCCCUGCUCAGCGCGACCUAUACCAGGCCGUCCUCAACGUGCAGCGAUCUAGUGUGUCGCUCUGCAGGGAAUCCUCCAAGCUCUCACUAGAGGACAUUCACAACGUUACCGCGCGGGGUCUUGUUGACCAACUACGCGGCAUCGGGUUCAACGUCAACAUGGCCAACAUUGACCAGCUGUUUCCCCACCACGUUGGUCACUACAUCGGUCUUGACGUGCAUGACUGCCCUGGCUACAGCCGUCGCGAGACUCUUCGCAAGGGUCACUGCGUUACCAUAGAGCCGGGUGUUUACGUCCCCCAUGAUGACCGAUGGCCGGCCGCCUUCCGGGGUAUGGGUGUCCGAAUCGAGGACAGCGUAUGCGUAGACGACGACUCACCCUACAUUCUGUCCACUGAGGCCGUCAAAGAGAUUGACGAUAUCGAAGCGCUGCGAUCAUGA